AUGGGCCCAGAAACAAAGGCGACAAAGAAGGAAACGAAAAAGGAUACGCGCGCCUGGGAUGCGCUCACCCCGCCGCUCGCCGAAUGGAUUCUCGACUACCUCUCGAGCUCUGGAUUUGAGCGCAUGACGCCCGUCCAGGCGGCAGUGCUUCCACUCUUUAGCGCCAGCAAGGACGUUGUUGUCGAGGCCGUCACGGGCAGCGGCAAGACGCUCAGCUAUCUGAUCCCCGUGAUCAACCGCCUGCUCCGGCUCGAGGAGCCCACGAAGCCGCGCCACGUUGCCGCCAUCAUUGUCUCGCCUACUCGAGAACUGGCGUCGCAGAUUCACAAAGUCCUCGUCGACCUCGUCAAGUUCCACCCAACAUCGGCCGAACUACUUCCUUACCUCGAUGGCGAUGAGAAGCGACCGAUCACCUCUACGCCCUUUAUACUGCCUCAGCUCCUCGUAGGAGGUACGACGACUCCUGCUCAGGACCUCAGCUUCUUCCUGCGGCACUGCCCGAACAUCCUCGUUGCGUCGCCCGGUCGAUUAGUCGAGCUGCUGCAGUCGCCGCAUGUGAGCUGCAACCAAUCGAGUUUCGAGGUGCUUGUGCUGGACGAAGCGGACCGACUUCUGGAUCUCGGGUUCAAGCAAGAUUUGCAAAACAUUCUGAGCAGAUUGCCGAAACAAAGGAGAACAGGUCUUUUCAGCGCCAGUGUUAGCGAUGCCGUUUCAGAGAUUAUUCGUGUUGGACUGAGGAACCCGGUAAAGAUUCAGGUCAAAGUCAAGAGUCUAAAGACAGGCGGAGUAAUAGAAGAACGACGGACACCGGCCAGUCUGUCCAUGAAAUACCAGCUUACGCCGGCAUCGCAAAAGUUGCCCGCGCUAGCUCAGAUACUCGAGAAGUUGGACCCGAGGCCACAAAAGAGCAUUAUCUUCUUUUCUACAUGUGCCGCCGUGGACUACUUUCAACAUCUCCUCCCUGCGCUUUUGCCCGAAGGCUACGCCUGCGUACCACUGCACGGCAAGCACCAUUCAACCGUACGACAAAAGAAUUUCAACAAAUUCCUCAGCUCUGCACAGCCGACGAUCCUGCUUACGACGGAUUUGGCUGCACGAGGCUUGGAUGUGCCACAAGUAGAUCUCGUCGUGCAAAUCGACCCCCCCUCAGACCCCAAAGUGUACCUCCACCGCUGCGGCCGAGCCGGCCGAGCAGGACGCAAAGGUCUCUCCGUGCUCUUCCUACAGCCCGGGCGGGAAGAGGACUAUGUGCCCUUCCUCGAAAUUCGCAAGACACCUAUUGAACCCCUGACAUACCCCGAAAUCACGCUCAACGAGUCCGACGGCGCCGAGGCAACGGAAAAGAUCCGGGAUCUCGUCAAGGAGGACCGCGGCCUGCACGAAAAGGGCCAGCGCGCCUUUGUCUCGUGGGUCCGGAGCUACAGCUCCCACACGGCCUCGUCCAUUUUCCGGGUGGCGGACCUGAACUGGGCGGAUCUGGCGCAGGGCUGGGGCCUGCUCCGACUGCCCCGAAUGCCCGAGGCCAAGACGUUUGAGGGGGACCGGUCGCUCGGCAUUGAAAUGGACUGGGACAAUUUCGCCUUCAAGGACAAGGCGCGCGAGAAGCAGCGCCGCAUUGAUAUGGAGAAGGCGGCGGACCCGGCCAAUGGUGAAAAGGCCGAGGCCAUCAAGGCCAAGCGGAAGCGCAAUACCGAGGCAUGGAGUGACAAGCAUGAAAAGGAAGGCGUGCGCUCCGUGAGGAGAGAAAAGAGACAGAAGAAGCGUGAAGCAGAGCGCGUGAGCACGUUGACCGAGGAUGAAAAGGUCAGAGAGCGCGAACUGGAGGACAUGUUGGCACAAAUUAGGAAACAAAAUCAAGAAAAGUUGGCAGCGGCUGCAGCCAAGGGUGACGACGAAUUCAAGGGGUUUGAUUAG